GGAGUUUUGAUUCGUUGCAGUGUCCAUCGAAGUGCUUCGCAAACUUUAUUUUGAAUACUGUCGUGGCCCCUCGCUGAGUAGUAAUUGUAGAGUCUACUACUGCCUGGGAACUCCCGACUUUACCUACGGAAGCCUCGGCCUAUGAGUUCAGUGUCAUUUCCUGAAGGUUAUUUGGGGAGUGUGUGUGUAGAGAUCUAAUUUUGGACUUUAUGCCUAUUAGCAGCGGGUCCAGUUCCUGAAAAACUCCUGGUUUGCAGUUUGCACUGCUACCGCUAGGUUCAAUAUUUACAAAAGUAGUGGUUUGGAUUCUGCCCGUCUGCAAACUAUCUGAAUCCGGAUGCACAGCCUGUAAAGGUUCUAGUUUGUAACCUGCUUAUUUGCCGUGCCUCUACAUGUGAAGGUCUGCCCGUGUGCAGGGUGACUUUUGAGUUUGCCUGGUAUACACUCCCUCUCGCUAUUCCCCAGAGGCUGGAGCGGAUUGAAGUUUGCGGAGCCUUCGCGUCAUUGGAGGGUUUGCCCGGAGAGAAGUAAAGAUGGCAACUGCGGAGCACAGCCUGAAGCGAGUGGCCUGGCAGAAGAUCAAGAAACAUGUAUUGGAGGACUGUAGGACAGAAGGAGAAUGGAAGAUACUUAUUUUGGACCAUUACACCACAAAGCUACUUUCCUCUUGCUGCAAGAUGUCUAAUCUUAUGACUGAAGGGAUCAGUGUCGUUGAAGAUCUACAUAAGAGCCGUGAGCCAGUUCCAGACUCUAAGGCUAUCUACUUCAUUACUCCAACAGAAAAGUCAGUCAGUGCAUUAAUAAAUGACUUCAAAAAGAAGCAUUCCUACAAGUAUAAGGCAGCCUACAUUUACUUCACUGAUUAUUGUCCUGAUAACCUCUUCAGUCAGUUAAAGACCACAUGUACCAAAGCCAUAAAACGUUGUAAAGAAGUGAACAUUUCCUUUCUUGCAUAUGAAUCUAAGGUGUUCACUUUUGACAUUCCGGAUGCAUUUCAUUCUAUCUAUAGUCCAACGUCAAAAGAUAAAGUAACCACAUUGGAAAUGGUGGCUGAUAAAAUUGUGACAUUAUGUGCAACUUUGGAUGAAAAUCCUGGAGUACGAUACAGAAAGGAGCGUGGAAAUGACUACAGGGCUACUGAAAAUAAUGCAGAGUAUCUUGCAAACAUGGUAGAGGAAAAGUUGGCAGAACAUUACAAACUAGACCAGCAAUACAAUGUAAAGGGAAAAACACAGUCACAGCUUUUGAUAGUUGACCGUGGAUUUGACCCAGUGUCGACGAUAUUGCAUGAGCUAACUUUCCAGGCAAUGGCAUAUGACCUGGUUCCAAUUGAAAAUAAUAUUUAUAGAUACCAAAUAAAGGAUGAAACCACAAUGAACGAGGCCCUUUUGGAUGAGGAUGACGAACUUUGGGUAAAAUUGCGGCAUUUACAUAUUGCCGAAGUCAGCGAAAAAAUUCACAAGUUGGUAAAGGAGCUUUCCAAAAGCCAUCAGACUACAGAAGGAAAGGUCACCCUCAGCUCUUUAUCACAAAUGAUGAAAAAGUUGCCUCACUACCGAAAGCAAAAGACCAAGCAAACAGUUCAUCUGAACUUAGCUGAAGACUGUAUGGGGCACUUCCAUGGGACGAUAGAAAAACUCUGCAAGGCUGAGCAGGACCUUGCCAUGGGAACUGAUGCACAACAGCAAAAAAUUAAGGAUCCGAUGAGAAUCAUUCUGCCCAUUUUGCUGGAUAGGUCUAUUGGAAGUUAUGACAAAUUAAGGAUCAUCUUGCUCUAUAUCUUCCACGUGAAUGGUACUACAGAAGAGAAUCUUAGAAAGCUUAUCCAGCAUGGCAAGGUUAUGGAGUACUGUGAUAUCAUUGAAAAUUGGAAAUUUCUUGAUGUACCCAUUUUCUCUGCUGAUGGUCAGCACCGUAAACUUUCUCGGAAGGAUCGCAGUGAUGUAGAGAGCUACCAGCUUUCCAGAUGGACCCCAUUCAUUAAAGAUGUCAUGGAGGAUUCCAUUUUAAACAAACUUAAUUCCGUGGAAUGGCCUCAUUGCUCAGGCUGUAGUUCAGCUUGGAAUGGCUCUGGAGCUGUAAGUGCUCGUCAGGGGAACAAAAGCAAUCUUCAAGAUGAACGUAGAAGUGUCAAACUAAUUAUUUUCAUAAUAGGAGGUGUCACUUACUCGGAGAUGCGCUGUGCGUAUGAAGUUUCUCAGAGUAGUAUUAAGCAUUGUGAAGUGAUUGUUGGGUCAACUCACAUUCUUACACCCACAAGACUACUAGAUGAUCUGCAGAAGCUGAACAAAUGAAAGUGAAAUGUUUGAAUUAAAUCAUCCACUUGUAUAGAUUUCAGCUAAUAUGAAAAACAAGGUUUUGUAUGGUUAACCUUAUUUACCUAAAUAUUUUGAUCAAUAGAAUUCACAAAUGAUCAGUGCACAGUUUCUAAAGUAAUAUAAUUAAAAUACUGUAAAUUAAGGCUCCGGAAAAAUCCCAUUGACAAAGGGUUUCCACUUUAGACCUACUGCCUAAAACAGCAUGGUUGUAUACACAAGAAUGCCAUACCCUAGUUCAUAAUUCUGCUAUCACUACAAUUGCAUGUGUUUUAUAAAAGCAAUAACUGUAUGAGUGUACUUUCAGAGAUUUAUGUUAAUUGUAGUCCUUGUACAUUUAUAACAGCAUUUUGAAUAUAUUGUCUAAAGUAUAUAUUUAUGUCUAACAUGGGUCUUAAAUAAAAUUGUUAAAUUUACAAUUUCCAGUUGUAAUGUUACAGAGUAAGUGCUUUUGGCAAACUCCCUAAAGCUAGGCUUUUAUUCUGUGAAAAAUCAACAUUCUAUACACCUCUAUAAACAAAACAAAUUUAGAACUGGUUUCAAUCUGAGAAGCUAUUUCAGCACAGCAUCAGAAUAACGGAAAUGCGCAUCAGCUACAAAUGUUGCUGGAAAUCAUAAUGUUAUACCCACUAGUAUAGGUAAAAUACGAUACAUUUCUCAGCCUUCGGGCAUAAUCCAACUAUAUGCGACCCAGAAAGUGCAGUUGUAUUUUUUUGAGGUGUGCCAAUGCAAUUCAAGUAUGCGUACAACGUAAAGGUAAAGGGCAAUGAAGGUUUGGAGGGGUAGAAUUCUUCUUGUAAGUCUUGUAACUAUUUGCAUAGGCCAAUUCCCACUGCUUUAUUUUGUUCAACCAUUAAAUGUUAUAGAGGAGAAUGCUUUUCAAUAUUUUGUGGAAAGUGCUGAACAUCUGAUGAAGUUAUAAAUUGUUUUGAAUAUAUAUUGUCUUCUGACUGGCCAAUAAAGUAACAACUAUACUGAG